AUUCGACUGCCAGCUCCACCAUUGGGCGCAGUGCUCGGCAGGCAGAGUCUGGCUCUACUGCUUGUGUUGUUCAAUGUUUGGAGAAGCUCUUCCACCGCUUUCUCGUUCACCGUUUCGUGGUUGAAACCAAUGGAGAAAGAUGGCAUGAGUCAACUGCAUAAAUAUCUCCCUCUAUGAGCCAAGAUCGAUCCAAAGACCAAGAUGUCGACAAAGUGGAACAACGGGGACUCCGUUAUUUGCAUCGUUGACAAAUCAUCAGCGGAGUAACCUACCCCCACAGAGCUAGCUACAGGCUAACCCGGCUAGCGAGAAGAAGGAAGAGACAUUUCGGAUGACUGGGGACGUCUGAAGCAAAACUGAAACACGUCGCGGACACUUGAUAAACCACAAUACACUGGGAUCUCGACUUAUUCCACGUCCCACUUCGGCUGAGGUCACACGGGAUACUUUAAUCCUGGCUCAACCGCUAGCACGGUACCAUGCUAUCGCUAAGCCAGAUGUCAGUCAUCUAACCUGGGGGUUUAUUGAUGACAACAACAGCCACAUCGUUUCGAAAGCUCCCAAGAUUCACGACAAGUAUCUUUGGGCAACAUCCUUCCUUUUUAAAAGCCCAGCUGCUUCCUUAAACAGCGGCACUGACUUUUGAGUGGCGAUGGCAGCAGUUGUGAGCUACUCGCCUCCAUGGUGGGUGAAUUUCCUGCACAGACUUCCCCAUUUCAACCUCCGGUUCGAGCAGACCAGCAGUGACUUUCAACCUGCAGAUCCAACAUAUCAGGAGUCCAUUGUGCUGCUGGCCGGCAUCGCUCUGGCCUGCCUGGCCCUGGACCUGGUCUUCCUGCUCUUUUACUCCUUCUGGCUGUGCUGCCGGCGCACCAAGAGCCAGGAGUCCGCCAGGGCCGACUGCUGCUGCACCGCCUGGUGUGUCAUCGUCGCCACGCUCGUCUGCAGCGCUGGCAUUGCCGUCGGUUUCUAUGGGAACAGCGAGACGUGCGACGGUGUGAACCGCCUGACGUACUCCCUGCGUCAUGCCAACCGCACAGUCACAGGGGUGCAGAAACUGGUGUCGGAGGGUGCGUUCUCCCUCAACCAGACGGUGGAGGGGGACCUGCAGUACCUGGAGGUGCAGUACACCAAGCACACGGACUACCUCUCCAUCACCCGGAAGCUGCAGGGCCAGCUGGAGGAUCUGGUGCAGCAGAUGGCGGGCAUCACCUUCUGGGACCACGGCCGCGUCUCCCUGGAGGCCCUGGCCACGGAGGUGGAGCUCUACGACUGGUACAGAUGGCUGGGCUACUUGGGCCUACUGCUGUUUGAUGUCCUCAUCUGCCUUCUGGUGCUGUUUGGCUUGAUCCGCAACUCCAAAGGAACAUUGAUUGGGGUGUGCUUGUUUGCAGUGCUGGCCAUGGUUAUCAGCUGGGCCUCCCUCGGCCUGGAGCUCGCCGUCUCCGCGGCCUCCAGUGAUUUCUGCGUUUCCCCGCAACUUUACGUGACCCAAUUGGCGGAGAAGUAUGGCGUCAUGAAACCAGAAAUCCUGCAGUACUACCUGACCUGCAAUGUGGAGCAAGCCAACCCGUUCCAGCAGAAGCUGUCCGGGAGCCAUAAGGCGCUGGUAGAGAUGCAGGACGACGUGUCUGAGCUGCUGCGCUCCGCGGCCAGGGACUACGCCGACACCAAGCCGAAUCUGGAGCAGAUCCAGGGGGUCCUGAACACCACGGAGAUCGGCCUGCAUCAGCUCACGGCGCUGGUGGACUGCCGCAGCCUGCACAUGGACUACGUUCAGGCCAUGACCGGCCUGUGCUACGACGGGCUGGAGGGCCUGAUCUACCUGCUGUUCUUCUCCUUCGUCACGGCCCUCAUGUUCACCUCCAUCAUCUGCAGCGUCCCUCACACCUGGCACAGCAAAGGGAGCGAGGAGGACGACGACAUCGAGGAGGACGACUCCCUGAGCCACGGCGGCCGGCAGAACCACGAGAACCUGUACCGCGUGCACAUGCCCAGCCUGUACAGCUGUGGCAGCAGCUACGGCAGCGAGACCAGCAUCCCCGCGGCCGCGCACACCGUCAGCAACGCCCCCGUCACCGAGUACAUGGCCCAGAACGCCGCCUUCCAGAACCCGCGCUGCGAAAACACCCCUCUGAUUGGACGAGAGUCUCCUCCCCCCUCUUACACCUCCAGCAUGAGGGCUAAGUACCUGGCCAACAGUCCACCGGAGCUGGACCAACCCGCAGCGAUCUAGACCACGCCUGGCCUCGCUCUCUCUGGCCACCCAUGCGUACAAACACACACGUGCAUAUAUAUUAACACACACAUGUCAAACUCAUGCACGCAAACUCAUGCACGCAAACUUAUACACGCGUGUGCAAACUCGUUCAACCUCACACACGCGCAAACUCAUAUACACAAACACACAGUUCAAACUCGUGCACAGACACACUUACACACACACACACACACACACACACACACACACACACACGCACGCAAACUCAUACACAUACAAACAAUGCAUGGAACAGAUCAUUCACAUGUUUGAGAGGGACCCUACAUCUGGUCGUCAGAUGUUUAUUCAACUCCCAUUGUUGGUUUAUCAUUCAUACAUUCUUUCAGUAAUCUGGUCAUUCAUUCAACUGUGCUGAGAUGCGGUCAUCAGAAGGCAGUUGGACUAACAUUGCAGAAUUUGAUUUAUUUGCAGUGUGAUUCAUUGUUUUUAAAAAAAGAUGCGAAACGGUUUCCUCUGAUUAAUCUUGGAUGUUUCUUUGACGAAUGCAUCCUAGCGUAGGAUCUGACGAGCCGACAAGUCAAACCGAAAUCCAUACGAGAUGCUGGACUUGACGGUGAUGACUACUUAGUGUUUCCGCGGUUCCACCCGACGCCAGACUAGUCUAUAAAUGUUGUAGAGAGUGGGUGCAAAACGGACACGAAAACACCCACGACCCAAUGAGCGUAUCUCACACCAUUCCAUCGUUGCUGUGUUUCAGGGAGUGUAACAACAGACAAACUUUGUUGAAUAUCCAUCGUCUCGCUUGGUGGUGUAUUUUGUUUCAGAUAUGGGUUUGGGGGGGGGGGGGGGGGGUGGGGGGGGAGGUGGUGGCGGUGGCGGUUUGAUAGCCCCCAACCCAGCCUCCUAUAUUCAGGUCAGCCACUCCCAUUUGAGCCACUACCCAGUGUACACUGUGGUAUAUAAAACAAGCAUGUACUUUUUAUUACCGUUCACCUGUCUUAUGUUAUUCUUCUGCCCACAUGGGGGACUGUAUGGGACCAGUUAUUUUGCAGUCUUGCACACGUAUCGUAUGUCCGGUCACAUGAGAAAAGCCUGUGAUUUUUUUAUUUCCGGAAGUAUGUUGUUACAUGUGGGGAUCUUUAACUGAUUUCAACCCCUUUUUACGAUGCAGUGAGAAAGCCACUGGUUUGCUCAUUUGGAAUGCACGUUGGACCGUUGUCUUUGUUUUGUUUGUAUGUGGAAUAGGUUUAUCUGGGGAGAGCGUUCACAAACGAUUUCCAUCCAGCCAGUAGCCCAGACUGGAUUGGACCCCCCCUCCCCAUACUCCCCCAGUACUGUGGUAUCCUCCAGGGAUCACGUUUACUACAGAAGAGAAUCUUUUGUACCGCUAGAAAGCACAAAUGUUUGUACAGGAUGACUUACAGAGGACCGAACGGACAGGAGACAUUAGUGGGCGUCAUGAUGUUGCUGUCAUCUGCAGCCUUACAGGUAGAACUACAAUGAGCAACAAGUGCAGACUCAAAACUGCCCCUUUUUUGUAUAUGAAAACUUUGCUGAAGUGCUGUCGGCACCCGAAGCGUGUCGCAUUGUCCUUCAAUGCAAGAAGUCAAAUAAUACACGAGACGGCAAAUAAUACACCUUUUUGAGUUUGGGUUUGCAGUCACUUGGGUUAAACUUUCCUGAAGAAAGUUGAUACGUGAGUGCGGUUUGGGUUUGCUGUUGAUGCAUUGGCCAAGCUGGAAGUUUUCCUCUGGUCCGGCGCUUUGGUGGCUCUGUCUCACAAAUGUGUUUUAGCAUUUUGAGUUAUGAACGAGUUAGCCCGAUCCUGCAGGACGGAUCCCGUGGGGGCUUGUUUUGUUGUGUCGUUGUAUUCCUCUCCAGAGUUCAUGUGAAUCCUCUGCAUAGUCAUUUUUUCCUCCGUAAGCAUGACAGUCCUUAAGAAUCUGAAGUGAAAUAUGACAUAUUUGUGCUACUACUGCCUCCAUAUUUCUGCAUGGCGUACAAGUUUCCUGAAGAGGAGUUUGUUCUUCUUUGGUUUAUGUAGGACUGGACCAAACGACAAAGCACAAGAUCUUGUUUUUUAUGUCUUCACUUAGGUCUAGGUCUGUGAAGUUCCCGCUACAGGGUUGCCUGGGCGAAGGAAUCGGGAUUGUGACUUAAAAUCUUGCGUACUCUUCUGUGCUCUGUAAAAUAUACAAAUGUUAAUAUUCCGACGCAAUGUUACUGUUUUUGGGGUAGGACACUUCGUUUAUUUGUCAUGCAAUGAUGUUGUACAGAAUAUAAAUGUUUGAAAAUGGAGUUAAAUCUUGGUUGAGUUGACAUUAUCUUAAGCAAUCUUUUAAAUUGAUUUUAAGCAACAUACGUUUUUUUUUAUUUUGCUUUGUUCAUUUUGAUAAUGUUUCUUAAAUUGCAUUUUAGAAUAUCUUGCAAACGUACGUUUCAUUUAAUUUAAUGAAUAGUUUACAUCUUUCAUCAUUUUUUUUCUCUCGCUCUCUCUGAAAAGACCAGUGCAGACUGACUCAUUGUUUUAUAAAUAUUUUUUGUGAUAACAAAAAUGUUUGUUAAACUUGUGGUUACCUUGAGCUUGAACACUGUUUUAAAAAAUAAAAAAAUAAACCAAAAUCUUAACUGU